CGACCCCAAACGCCCUCAGCAUGCACACCAGCGAGUACGACUACCUCUUCAAGCUCCUCCUCAUCGGUGACUCGGGUGUCGGCAAGUCAUGUCUCCUCCUCCGGUUCGCUGACGACACCUACACCGAGAGCUACAUUAGCACCAUCGGCGUCGACUUCAAGAUUCGCACCAUCGAGCUCGAGGGCAAGACGGUGAAGCUCCAGAUCUGGGACACUGCAGGCCAGGAACGUUUCCGCACCAUCACUUCGUCGUACUACCGGGGAGCGCACGGCAUCAUCGUCGUUUAUGAUGUGACCGACAAUGACACUUUCACGAACGUCAAGCAGUGGCUGCAGGAGAUUGACCGCUACGCCUCCGAGGGCGUGAACAAGCUGCUCGUCGGCAACAAGUCUGAUCUGACCAGCAAGAAGGUCGUGGAAUACGGCGUGGCGAAGGAAUUCGCCGACCAGCUGUCGAUCCCCUUCCUCGAGACGUCUGCGAAGAACGCGACGAACGUCGAGCAGGCCUUCUUGACAAUGGCCAAGCAGAUCAAGGACCGCAUGGGAUCCACCUCGACAACCUCGGGCACGGGCAAGUCGACCACCAUCACCCCUGGCCAGACCGUACAGCAGAACCAGUCCAGCGGAUGCUGCUGAGCUGUAGCGUAAUGAUCCAGUAUGGUACCUCGAGUUUGCCCGCUUGGUGGCCAGGACUGCGCGUCCGUGCAUGUGAGUGUGACGGUGCGGGGUGCUUGCUUUCCGUUUAAUCUAUGCACACAGCCCGUCUUCAAUUGUUCGGACGGUUUCCUUUCCGUAUGAAUCUUGUCAUCUGGUUUGUUUCCCGCUCUCUGCGUAAUACAUCGCUCCGCAUAUUUCGCUUUAGC